CCUAACCUAUCCGCCUGUAGCCUCUCCUCCCCGGGCUCCACUGAGCCCUUCCUCCCGGUGGGUCCCCCGUGUAGUUGCGAUGUAGUUCUUAUCAAAGCCCUCCUGUCUUGUUGUGACAGCUCUGAUAUUGUUUAUUGAGGUGGAUGUCAGCUUUAAUUAGCAAUCGAUACGGGGAGCGUUUGCAGAGCGCGUCUCUGACGUCAGCGUCCAUUACCGCUUCUCAUUGGGUCUCCUAUUCCCCGAGCCUGGGCUAAUUAUUGGGAGGUUCAUGUGGAUAAAGUACAGCUCAUCCCUCCCUUCACAUCAUGUCCCCUACUCGUUGGCCACACUCGCUGCAUGCUUUUUAAAUUCCCAUCACCGGCCUCGAGACGUCGUUUCCUUUUGCCUGCGGGAUGAUGGACAGCAGGAUACUGGAUCCACCUCACGCCCAGUUCGGAGGCUCUCUCGGCGGGAUGGUGGGCUUCCCGUACCAUCUGAGCCACCAUCACGUUUACGAAUUAGCCGGGCAUCAACUUCAAUCUGCGUCCGCGGUUCCCUUCUCAAUAGACGGAUUACUUAAUGGUUCCUGCACGGCUUCGGUUGGUAAUUCCAACCCCCUCUUGUCUUCGGGCUGCGGGAUGAAUGGAGAUAAUCAGCAGUACAAACUGACAGACUCGGGGGACCCAGACAAAGAUAGUCCUGGUUGCAAGAGACGGAGAACUCGCACAAAUUUCACUGGUUGGCAGCUGGAGGAAUUAGAAAAGGCUUUUAAUGAGAGCCACUAUCCCGACGUGUUCAUGAGGGAGGCUCUGGCUCUUCGGCUCGACUUGAUAGAAUCAAGGGUUCAGGUAUGGUUUCAGAACCGCAGAGCCAAGUGGAGGAAAAAGGAGAACACAAAGAAAGGUCCUGGUCGACCUGCACACAACGCCCACCCCACCACCUGCAGCGGGGAGCCCAUGGACCCGGAGGAGAUCGCCCGGAGAGAGCUGGACCGGAUCGAGAAGAAGAAACGAAAGCAGGAGCGACGGCUGCUCAAAUCCCAGAACAAGCUCGCAGCCGGGGAUUUAUUUCACACCCCGGGAUCAGACAGCGACAGCGGGGUGUCGCAUGUGACCGACAGUGACCACACGGGCCCGCCUUUUGACUCUCUGGGGGGGAACCAAUCGAGCUGCGACCAAACACCUCACUCUCACCAGAGCCAGAACCAAAGACACUUGGACCAUGACGCUGGCGGAUCCGAGCUGGACUCGGCCGAAGCCACCCACCGGGCCAGCCUGAUGUGCUCCAACAACAGCAGCAGCGGCGCGUCCAGCGUGCAGAAACUCAACCCUUUUAGCGUCGAAAGCCUCCUUUCGGACUCCAGACCGAGACGCACCCCCGCGGCCUUACCCUCCUCACGGCCUUUGAUAGGGAAGGGACACUUCCUGCUCUAUCCCAUCACACAGCCGCUUGGAUUCAUUGUUCCUCAAACUGCUCUGAAGACAGUAGCAAACUCUGACUGUGCAGACAGCCCGGCGGAGAGAAACCAGCCCAGUGUCCGCUGCAGCAUCUCUGCGAGCUCUGCGGGAUGUAGGAGCAGCUCGCCGGACUCUGCGGACACACAAAGGGGACAGGUGGGAUCAGAGGACAAAACACCGCACACAAGCCCGUCCAGGGCCGCCUUCAACACUGGCAAAAGUACUCAGACUUCUGUUAUUUGCAGCGAUUCGACUUUUGAACACAGUCCACAACUCAUUAAGCCUGUCGAUGCAGAGCGAAAAGAGCAUUUAGAGAUCAAGGCUGACAACCCCGAGUGUGUCCUCACUGACAGUCCAGCAGACACAAAGACAGACUCUAAAGAAGACAUCGACAUGGAGUAAAUCAUUGGGGGUAAAAAAAAAUCAGAAUCAUACUGAUAUAUCCUCUAAACGACACCUUUCAUUAGGCCAAAGCUUAACCACAACCUACAUCUCUAGGUCCCCACAUUGCUGAUAUUUUGACAAUGGUGUGCUCUCUCUUUUCUCUUCCUCUCUCUGUCCCUCUCUCUCUCUGCGAGUGUGUAUGUGUGUGUGAGUCAGGAGUCUCUAGAUAUCCUUUAAUGUGUGUCAAAAAAAACACAAGACCAACAAAAAUCCUCAAGAGCUGUAAAAAAGGUAUUAUACUAUUUAUAUAUGUAAGGUUUUUCUUAAAUAAAUCUAUUGUAUACAAGCA